GAGUCCCGUAGCGCGCGUACUUACACCCCGUUGGCAGUCCGCAGGCCCGUAACCUUAACCCGAGUAUAUCCACGCGAGAGAGGGGCCGCGCUCUCAUCGCUCUCUCGCUCUCUCUCGUCUCUUUCUCUCUUUCUCUCUAUCUCUCUCUCGACCACCCUUCCGCUGCCGAAUCCUCCGGCCGCGGUCUCGCCCGGCAGGUCAGCUGUGCGCGCGCGCGCCCUCGCAGGUACUCGAGCAGUGACAGGUCGAGCCGAGAGCAGAGCCGCCUAAGCGCCAGUGACGGACGAGCAGCCGUGGACGGCACGUCGCAUCCGGCGCUCUCUUCCUCCGAGCCCUACUCGACGCGCCCGCCGCUUCGCCACGCGGCCUCGCCUCCUCCUUCUCGCUCCCUUCCGCGGACCCGCGCCUACUCUCGUCUUCGUCGCCUCGCCGAACGUAUCGCGCGACUCCGCGCUCGACUUCGCGGUAGGACCGUCAUACCCAUCAGCUGCGAUGUGCGAUAAUACCAACACGACGACCCAGAGUAUCGCGGACUACCUGUCACAGCUGCUCAAGGACAGGAAGCAGCUCGCCGCCUUCCCCAAUGUAUUCAUACACGUGGAGCGACUACUCGACGAAGAAAUCGCCAAAGUCCGGGCGAGUCUCUUCCAGAUCAGCGGGGUGAAAAAGGAGCCCCUGAUCCUGCCGGAGCCCGAGGGCGAUAUCACCACGCUCACGGAAAAAGUUUACGUUCCGGUGAAGGAACACCCAGAUUUCAACUUCGUGGGGAGGAUUUUGGGCCCUCGUGGAAUGACGGCCAAGCAGCUUGAACAGGAGACAGGAUGCAAAAUUAUGGUGCGAGGAAAGGGCUCCAUGAGGGACAAAAAGAAGGAGGAGCUGAAUCGAGGUAAACCAAAUUGGGAGCACUUGACGGACGAGUUGCACGUGCUGCUCACGGUGGAAGACACGGAGAACAGAGCCACCUUGAAGCUCGCCCGAGCCGUCGAAGAAGUCAAGAAGCUGCUCGUACCCCAGGCUGAUGGAGAGGAUGAGUUGAAGAAGAGGCAACUCAUGGAGCUGGCGAUCAUCAACGGCACGUAUCGGGAUUCGAACACGAAGGUCGCUGCCGCAGCAGCCUUCGAUAUUGCAGCCUGCGACGAGGAGUGGAGGCGCGUGGCGGCGGCGGCCGCGGAAACGCAGCGCCUUCUGCCGGGCCUGGCCACGCCAAUGCGGACUCCGAGCGCCCCCCUGGGCGCGCCACUGAUCCUGUCGCCGAGGAUCUCCGUGCCGACGACCGCCGCCUCCCUGCUGAACGGGUCCGGGCCCCCGGGGUCUCUGCUCUCCGCGGGCGACCCGCACGGCCUUAUAUACACGCCCUACGCCGACUACGCCAAUUACGCCGCCCUGGCGGCGUCCCCGCUACUCACCGAGUACGCCACUGCUGACCAUUCUGGAACUCCCUUCCAAGGGGUGACACUUGCUCCGCAAAUGCAUCCUGCACUUGUGUGCAGUUUGUCCCAAGAUUUGCCCCGGAUUAGGGUCAGGUGAAUCGAUCAGCUGAUUUCAGGGGAGGGAAAAUCAUCGAAACCGACAAAUCAGGGCUUAUCGUGCGACGUUGUUCACUGGGGGCCCAACUGGCGAUUUGUGGAGCUUUGUCCACCUCGUGAAAUCGGAAUUACACGCAUAUAUAUAUAUCUUUAUCUACUUAUAUACGAUCCUUACUAAAAAGUCUUUAACGUCUUUAUCGAUCGUUUUAAUGUGGUGAUGGUUUAGUAAUCGGAUUUUGGUACUCUUUUGCAUUUUUCUUUUUAUUCGUACGUUUCAAACGUAAGCGCUUCGUGCAGACGAUCACCAGUAACACUACCAAGUACCACUAGAAUCUCGAGUGAAUCCCUAGGGUUGGUCUAACACGCAAACUAAAAACGACACUAACUCGAUCGGUCCGCCUUUCCUACGAAUACUUACUCACCCCGUGAUUUCACUUAAGUAACAGCCAAUUGUGCCCUGAUCCCGUUCAUUCAAUUUCGGGUGACGUAAAAAGUCUCUCUUCAAGUUCUCCCCGGUGAGGAAUGCCAGUACACUUGGUCCUAAAUUCUUAAAAUCAUCCGGAGAUAUUCAUAAUCGGUGCGUAACAUUUGGAGGAAUUUCAAAAAGUGCAGUAACGAGUGAAAUGAAAUUUUUACCGUGUUCCUCGAAGUACUCCACUUAGAAGCAACGGUUAACAAGUGUUAAUAAUGACUUACUAGAGCCUACUUAUUUUUGUUUUCUAAACUCACAGUCAGAGAUACUUCGAUUGCAGUAGCGAUUGGGUACAUCGGACACCGUAGACUGAUUGUUACGUACAUCGUGGAGCGUUGCGCAACUUGUCGAAAAUUUGCAACUCAAUGUAGAUAUGUAAAAUCGCAUCGACGUACCCAGGAUAUUACGCGGCAAGUGGAGCAAGUCGGUUUUGAAAAUUCCUUUGUAAAUUUAUGCAAACCUUCGGGAAGUUGCAUCGCGCAUCCUGUGGCCGUGUACGCGAACAAUCGUUUACAGGGUGCAAAUACAAUUUUUCCAACUAAUAACCGGUGAUAGGUAGGUUAAAUGCGUAGGGUUUUAGGCAGACAAUAGGUGUAGGGGAAGUACCCAGGGACCAAACAAACGUGUUUCGAGGACUGAUGGUUCUAGCGUAUACUUGUAGCUGUUUAUCCGAAUUGACGGCUGUCCCUUCAAAAGGACCCUAGCACAUUGCAAUUGUACCAAAAAAUUCACAUCUUACGUCCAACAACGCGACGACACAUUUCUCGGGCCUACGCGGUUGACUUUCCACCUUAACGAAUCGGCAAUAAUUUUUCAUCAACUCUAAUUAACAUUCGGGGGUCUCGCUGUACAUAUGUCGGUGUACUUGAUAUACAAAAAUAAAUACUCAUGACAACUUCUCGUCACAUCGCGAGAGUCGCCCUUUUAAUCGGACAGCCCUCGAGAAACAUUAUAUACGCUACUACGAGAAUCGUGUACAUUAUUUUAUAUUAUUUUAUAUGAUUAUUUAAUUUUAUUUUUUAUAAAGAUUUAGCCACUAUAUUUAUACGAAGGUCGGAGCGAAGAAUAGGGUGUAUUCUUUAAUACUCAUCGUUGCUACGAACACGUGAGUUAGGCUGGACACAUUAUAGAAUAACGUAAACCGUCUUACCUGAUUUCCUUGGAGAAUCAAAAAUGAUUUGUAGCCAUAUACGUGUAAGAGGCGUGUCCGGUUUCAGUUGUCUCUUUUGGACGUGCGGACUACGUAUUAUUGCGUACAUUAUGUUAAUUUUAUUAUUAUUAAUUAUUACUAUCACAAUUGUAUUACUUGUAAAGAAAGAGAAAUCUUAUCUCGGCCGCCCUGCACCGCGGAUGCCGGCGAACGUUUAGAUCAUUCUCAUACAUCGUCCUCAUUGUUUGACACCCUAUCUUUGCAGUAUUAAAAAUCGAGGACGAACGCGUGCAAGAUAACGUAUCCGAAAUAUUUAACCCGUUCGCCGGAUUCGCCGUGCAUGCGCUCGAAAGGUGGAGGGCCUGCGAAUUGCAAGGAAUUUAACGAGAAAGUCGCGUUGACAAAAAUUCCUUCGGGUGUUCGGCUCUUUUGACAUCGUUAUCAGACUCGCUGUCGGCGUCGUUAUCGCUCGACUUUGAAUUCUUGCAGCACGCGAGGCCACCUCCUUAAAAUGAAUGGUAAUCUGGUGAGGAUUGAUUUCUAGUGGCAGCGCUCGUUUCGUAGAGUUGCCAGGAAGAAUGGAAACCCGUUUACCUGUAAACGGGAUGAUUACUGACAUUUGUAUGAUGACAGGUGCAGCGGCCGCUGCCAAGCAGCGUAGGCACUUGGGUCAAAUUCGAGAGCACCCUUAUCAAAGGGCCGGCGCUCUCUCGUGAAUACCGAGUACACUGAGAGAGAAAGAGAGAGAGUACGCGGAAAGGUUAGUUUUGCACAAAUGUUCAUUACGUUUAAUUCAUAUUUAACUUGUACAGCUACCAAUGUAUGCGAGAGCUUUCACACGGCACUCGGUUGGAUUUGACAGCAGCAGUGAUGUGUGUACGCUCGUCCUGUGUACCUGAUGCCGCAUCGAUCAUUUCGAUUUUCUUUUUUAUCCGAAUAUCUAUCUAUAUAUCUAUAUAUAUAUACGUAUUUAUACAUGAAAGAGAGAACAGCGAUCGUCGUAUAUUUUACAGUCGGUUAUGCACGAACGGCAUAUUUAUCCCGGUUCGAAUCACAGACGAGCGGAGACCUCCUCGGGUUGCUCGUUCUAUCAUUAUUUUUUUUUCUAUUAGUUUCUCUUUUGAAAUUCUACUUGUUAAAAGUAUAUCGGGGUGUUGGAUAUCUGGAGCUUUAGAAGUACCUAAAUUUCGAGUGCAAUACCAGAGUAGGAGGGUUUGUUACGAUUUUUUCAGAGUAUACGAAUUUAUUGGAUCUGAGAUCUCGUCGACAAGAUUCGAUGGAGUCUUGUCUUUUUACCGUGCAAGUUUCUCGUGAUUCUGUGUUCUACGAGGAGGUCUUGCUUUCGGGGGUUUUAAUUGUUUCUUGUUUUAUGUGCACUUUUGAGGGGGCCGACCGUGAUCGUGUGAAAAAUGUUAUAUAAGGUUGAUCGGAUUUUUUCAUUCUGGACGGUUCGUGAUCGACGAACGGCCCCGAAUCAUUGAGAGAAAAAAAGCUAUAUUGGCAAGGCAGUAGUAUCGGCUAGUACAGGAAAGAUUUGCCUCUUGGAUAGCUGACUUUUUUGACAUAACGUUGACGCAAGAUCCUUUUGGCGUAACUCCCCGCUCUUAGGCAUAAGCAACAAGUACAGAUGGUACUUAUGUACCGGAAGGGUACGCUCGUUUCUUUUAAGUGCGUAGACAAGUUUGCUAUAUAUUAUUUAUACACAUAUAUCGUGGCAAACGAAUGCGCGAUGCGGAUUUUUAAUGGAAUUAUUGCAAUUCGGUUGCGAACACUGCCCGAUUCUUUCGAUUUCUACCUCGAUACCUUCCCUGCUGACGAUUUUCUAUAAGAACCUUUGAAAAUUCAGCGAAGCCGCUCGGGGAAACUUUUUCGAUAUCGAUUGGACAUUUACUUCAAAAAAUUCGACCCCACGAAAAAGGCUGAUCAGGCUUUUAAUGGGCGAAAUUGAUAUUUCGUGGUUUUUCCCUAAAUUUUCAUCAUUUUCUAGAAUUCAUUUUAUACAGUCUACUUUUUGGAUAUCCCUUCCAUUUUUUUUUUAAUCGGUUUUCGUAGAAUAUUUUCAGCGGGUAUCGACCAGUCAUUGGCCCCGUGCUAGUCCUUUAAUUUCUAUAGUUACAUUUGGAAAUUACCAUUGAAAGAGGUUGACCAUUCGAUCGAUUCGACAAGUAGAACACAGGGGCAGUGUGGUGUUUGUGUUCGGAAGGACAAUAAACUAAGAAUUCGGUGCUUGUAUCGAUAAAUAAGAUUCUAAGAUUUCAAAUCGUCGUCUUAUACGAAUGCUUUCCAGGACAUAUAUAUUUUGCAUUUCGUUAAUUUGUUUGGCAACUUGUGCCUGUGGAACACUUAUAGACCUUCCAUUUGAUCUGUAUAUAUAAAUUGAUUUACAUAUAUUAUUAUAUUAUACGAUUUAAAUAAAUAUUUAUAUGAAAAACAAAGUUAUUCUUCUUGGUGUAAGUCAAAAAAUCGCAGGGGUGGUUACGUGAUGCGGCGCGAAGGUCUUUGAUUUACCGGUUGGCAUCGUUUAAUCCUGCGAUCGCAGAUCAGCUCGAAUUAAAUACAAUGACAACAGACGUCUGGGUAAAUGGAAGGUGAAGCACGUUAUCGAUCGAUCAAUUAGAGUUCGCAUUCGACGACGAUCCGAAAAGCUGAUCGCUUAUUCUGGGUUUAAGUCACGACUCAAUGAAAAUGUUCACUCAAUUGCUCAUCCAGGAGCACUGCUGCCUACUCUUCAUCUUCUAUUGACCCACACCUGAUAGAAAAAAAAAAAAGAAUCACUCGUAUCUAUUUCCACUGAUCUCUUUUCCACGGUUAAUCGAUGCCCCAUGACUUCGAUCGAUACGAGCAAAUCAAUGUCCCAAGGUGAAAAAUCAAGGUGACGUUUACUUACUACUACAAAAAGCUGCCCGAGACGACGUCCCACCCUUUUACGUAUUACCACUAACAACGUGACAUUUAUAAUUUAUUUAUUGACACCCUUAUCAUUAGGCGCAAUUAUCAUCCAUCACAUAGACCGCACAACAGCACCAUCUUUUAUUGAACUAACAAAAAAUGCUCCACAUGGCCAAGUUGACACUAACUAUUUAUAUACAUAUCUAGAGAUUUUUUAAUACCGUACAACAAUAAUAUAUGCUUUUGAUAUGCCUGGAACUGUACUAUAGAUCUGUCCUACGAUGGCACGCGCGUAACUCACGAGCCUCUGACACCUGCUUGCUGAUGGGACAUUAUUAAUCGCAACAAUUUAUUAAUACGUUUUUUACGACUUUUUUUUUUUUUUUUUUUUUUUUUUUUUUCUUAAUAUCUCUCUACGCAUCGGUAUACCUUCGAAGUCGACUACUCUAUUCCGAUGACCGACCACGACCGCGAUUGCCAAAUUAUUGAAAUCCUCUUAUCGAUGUCACAUUGCCUGAUAAGUCCACGUGCCACGACGGGCGCAGUAACUCGCAUCGCAUUGUUCCGAAUUAUCGAAUAUCUCUCUCUCUCUCUGUAAAAUUAAACAAUUAAUAAUGAUCUAUCGGCAAUUCGAUCUUGGAGCGUCUCGAUGGCACGAUACAGUGAACGCUACAACGUGCCAACGAGAUCGACGUAGAGUUAACGCGCGUGCUAUGAUUGUGCACCGAAAAUGAAAUUAAAUAAGAGAUUGAAAAAGAAACCGAGACCUGUCCUCGAGGAUGGUGUCUCGAUUUUCAUUUAAACGGAUCUUCUCUUCGAGUCGAUUCGAUUGCGAUGCAUCGCGACAUUGUCCUCCGUCGAGGAGAGUAAUUGUGCCCAUAAUUAUGAAAGUGGUCUAAGUCAAAAUAAAAAAAAAAUGAUUAUCAGUUAUUUCUCGCCAUAUUAUUUCAAAGGAAAUUAAUUCAAUGUAAUUUCGAAACAAAAAAUAUAUAACUUAGACCACUUUCAUAAUUAUGGGCGCAAUUAGUCUCGACAGAGGGGAGGUUUUUUCUCGGUGUAUGUUCAGCUGGUAUCUCACCGAUCGCUGGCAACGCAGCAUUACUGAUUAGGUAUCGCGUUGUCAGUAGGUCUUGACAGUCCGUCGGUCGCAAGUCGAAUUGUAAAUUACCGAAUAAUUCACUCGAUACGUUCUUCGAAUGCCUGUAUUAAUCCUUAGUCUCUUUUGCCUGUCCUAUGUGCGGGGAGGGUACACGAGCCACAUAAGAAAUGCAGCUCAAAUUAAUAACUCUAUGAAUAAAGUAGCCUACUAGUCGUAUACCAGGUACAGGGCGACUAAUGACUCUUGGCCAAGUCAAGGGUCGUUACUUAGCCGAUAUGGUCACGUCUCAUUGUAUACGCACGAGUCAAAUGCUUCAUACUAAUAAUUUUUAAUUGACGCAGUGUAAAGCAAUGCUACCUUUUAUUCGCCUGCACAGCUUUGGUCAAGAUCGAUCUCAAUAUCGGACCCUCCAAGAAUAAUCGAGGUGUCCCGUGGUCUUGUUUAUUUAAAAUUGAAUUUAGUUGUACAUUAUAUCCUCGGUUCUUUAGUAUCUUGAUUAUCGCUGAGAGCAUUGCUUUUCAUUAACCAUAUCUCUCUCGACUGACCGAACGCUGUUAGAUUAAUGUUAACGUCGGUCGUUCAUGAUCAGAAAGAAGUACUAACAAACUGUUUUUCUUUUCUUUCUUGUUAACCCUGGUUGCCCAUGGCCUGUAGGCUUGGAGUGCUAACAAUGGAAUCCACUCGCCCCGUGCUAACACCUGGACUCUGGAACAGCAUCCGCGUUCGAUCGGUUCGCCGAGCAGCUGACCACCUUCGCCGUCCGCGUCACCAGCCCUGUUCGUCAAGCUUAUCCAUCCCUUAUCCUGAAAAUAAGAAGAGAAAUCCGAGAAAUCCCAAAGUUUGUACGACCACGCAAGUCGUUAAGCCGGGCGAGAGAUCCCCUCGAGGCGCUCGUUGUUCAGUGCCUCUGAGAUGCACUUGGCGCAAGACUCUACCGAAUUUCCCGCUAGCCACCCGAUAGCGACCCAACCAAACUGCCCGAUAAAAAAGUUUCCAGGGUGUCUAUCAAAAACAAAAAAAAAAAGAAAUAGGAAAAAAGAAUGCAAAAUCUUGAGGAACUCGCGAUAACGACGUGCGCUUGGCGCGAAGCUCUGUCGAGUUUUCCGGCGAUAAGGUAACUAAAUACGGUACCUAAUGAAUGAAAAGUGCGUCGAAAGCCCUGCGUUUAAGGUUGUCGUUCCGCAUAAUGGAACGUUAUCUUGAGAAAUUCUUAAUUAUGUUUAUCAGGGACUUCGUUCGUUCAUUGGGUACUUUAGUUUUCAUCGGCAACGAGAAGUUCGACGGGGGAUCGAGUUAUGAAAGAUGUACGAUAUUGCGAGAACGUCUCUCUGUAGAUACAUGUUUCGGAAAUUGUUGAUUGCGUCUCGUGCAAGAUAUUCUCGGUAGAGGUCUGCUCUGUACUUAUUCGCGUUACGGUUUUCGAAAUCGGGGUAAAAGGUAUAGGCUUGCUUCGGAGAUGUGCAAACUAGGGGACACCUCCUAAGCUCCCAACUUCCGCCCAAGUUGGGAGGAUAUAUUCUGCGAGUACGAAUUCGGAUAAUUAAAAAAAGAGCGCGGAGAAUCGUUCGUAGGAUAGGAAACGGACGGUCUGAAGUGGUCGCACCUUUCGUUAGAUUGCCAUUUAUCGUUAUCUCCCGAAUGGUAAAAGAUGAGGGACGUGAACGAUCGAAAAGCCAUUACGCCAUAUUGCCAGAUUAUCCCAGUCACCGGGUUUCAUUGUAAUAAAUUGCCAUGUAAUUAAUAAGGCCGCUACCGUGGUACUAAUAUCUUAGUAACGAUUGUUGAUCAUUCUUUCAUGCGCCACCGAAUAUGUCGCCUAACUUCGAAAUUUCUCCUUGUUCACGUUACUCGUUGUUCAUCAUUCGUGAUAUAGCAGGAGGUAACGAAUCCAGCAACCACGCCAGAUUUCUUUUCGAGAACGAGACUAGGCAGUAGACAAGUUGGUUCUGGUCUAGAAGUUAAACGUACUUUCGUGCAACAUUUAUUUAGCGUAAUCCAGGCGACACUCUUAAAGCGUACCGUAUUUACGCAGACUCGACUUAAUGUUCGAUGGAACGAUUCGUGCUCGAAUAUCAUCGGUAAUGUCGACGGUACGUGCCGUUGAGAUUUACCCGAAAUUGGUAACUUAACGAGGACGAGUUUCGUGAUGACGAAAGUCGCCAAUCAUUAACGAGGGAUAAUAUCACCUAUCAAAGUGAGACAACGAAGAUCUGAGAAAUAUCCGGAAUUACCGAGCAGCGAUACGAGUCUUCUUGAAAGGUAAGGCAACUCCUUUGGCUGUUCUGCGGGAUAGAAGUCGAGUAAGUUGCGAUCAAGAGACUCGGCUGAGUCCCGCGCCAAGUACACUUAGAGUGUCGGUGGCGUCGGAUUCGGUAUAUCCUACAGAUCAGGCAAAGGGUUCGUUUAGUCUAUGUGUACUAUUGAAAUAUAUAUAUAUAGUAUGUAUAAUAGGACGCAAACCAAUCUCGAGCGGUAAAAACAAACAGAUCUGGUGUUUCCACCCCUUACGAAAUUAUUACCCCUUAAGUUAUAUAAAUAUAUGUACGUAUAAUUUGUUCAUAAGUGCAGGUGAGAUUGCGUGAGAAAUUGAUUUACUUAAUGUUGAUUAACAUUACAUAUUAAUUAUAUCUUGUUAACGUUUAGGUCUGCCAUAAAUAUGACUAUAAGAGUUUUAGUUAUAUGUACGUUAAAUAUCUGUACAAUUAGUAUUUUGGAAAUCUUGUGCCCGUUGUUCAUUGAGUUGCAGGGGUCUUGUGUUACGAAGGAUCCUCGAUUUAUCGUUAACUCGUCCAUUAUUUUAUGUAUGUACAUACAUGCUUAAAGCAUAGAUACACUACGAGUGAUCUGCAAUCUACUUAAGUUGAUAUCAAUCGUUCGGAAAUACUUUAUCACCAUAAAUAGAUAUUAUGGGCGUAUACCAGAAGAAUCUCUUCGUGCCUGAUUCACGUACGCGUUAUCACAGCGCCUUGAUAACGAAAAUCGUGAGCGAUUACAUGUUAGGUGCACCGCACCGUUUUAUAUAUAUACAUGUAUAUAUAUAAUUCGGGUAGGGUAACGAGGGCUUGUCUUAAUUUACUUCUGAAUUUCACAGGUCAUAGAAUCUGUUAAAUCGUAAUUGAGAAAAUUCCUAUGAUAUUGUUUUUUAAUUCGAGUCAAAUCAUUAGCACAUUGCUUUAUUAAUAGUAACAGAAUCAUGUGUUAGAAUGAAGCAAUACGAAAUUUAUCCACACGGAACAAUCAGAUUUCAGUACGACAUUUUGGUAUGAAAAAAAAGUUUCGCGAUACCAAUAAGGAUUUCCUACAAAUACGAUAUUAAAUGCGCAUGGUUUAUUUGAUCGGCAACGUGCAAAACCGUUGUUUCCUGAUUUUUCUAUUUCUCGGGAGUGGCGAAGUUAAGAAGUAAAUGUUGACGAAUUUAUCUAGACCUCGUUGGUCGUGUUAUUCUUUAUAAUAUUAAAUAUAUGCAUAUAAUUAUUCGUUCGCAUACGAUAUAUAUAAGAAAUGAUAUAUAUUAAACGGGCAAGCAAUUUUCGUUAGAAUACAUAAUACUUGAGUUUAAAUUUAUUAUAGUAGUUAUAUAAUGUCGAAAUUUAUUCAUAUUUUAUUGUACUGUUGGCUUGUACCUUAGUGUCGUGCGCGAUGUCUACCGUGGCAAUAUUUAACAAAGCAGAGUAAAUUCGAUUUAAAACCGAAAUGCCUAUACAGACCUAGAUACGAAGUAUAGUACUUUCUUUUAUUUACCAGAGUUUAUGGAUUGCAAUAAAGCAAGGAAUAAAGCAAGAUAUUAAGUUGACGGGCAGGAGAAAAAAAAAACAAUUUAUAUCGAAUCUAGUAGUUAAUUCGAGUAGGAGGAAAUAAUCUCAAUUAAUGUAGGCACGUUGGUAUUUAAUUCUAUGUACAAAGGGCAAGUGCCGAUAGUGACAAGGCUACCUUGUUCGAUGGCAUAUUUAUAGACUUUAGAAUAAUACCUCUUUUCUGUGCAAAAUUCGAAGAGAUAAGCGUAGUAAAUAUUUAGUAGCUUUAUUUUGACCAAAAAAAAAUAAGAAGAAGAAUGAAUCUUUUUUAACAGUAGUCGCCCAGGAGAGACCUCUUUAAAUCGUUUAGAAUCUUGCAGGUGCAAUAGCUUCAGACUUUUAUAUACCCGAGUAGACAUUUUAUUGCUUACAGUCAGUCUACUUGUCAGAUCAGUCACAAAGUUCUUAUUUAUCGCUGGUAAACUCUACGAGUAUUAUCCGAUGUACAUUGGUCUGUCUCGUUCUACAGCCCACGUACAAUAAUUAUGAAAUUUAUUCGUUACAAACCCGUUCAAGUCGGCGCAAUACGGAAAGCCUUAACUCGCGUCAUUCACUACGAGAAAUAUCCACAGAGACAUAUUUUUAUUACUACUGUUAAAACUGUAAAUGUUUACCCAUUUAACAUUAAUUAAAGAAAGUAACAAUCAAAUUGA